CUGAUAUAGAUGCAUAGCUGGGCUUAGAUCACAGGAGUUCCUGGCAUCUUGACCUCCUCUCUCUAGAUGCCUGGCUCUACUUGUUAUCAUUUCAGGCUGGGAUUCUCAAGGGAGUCUAAGGGAGUUAGGAUCCCAAGAUGUACGUGCCUUAAUCCCAUAGGCUCCUUUGCAAACCCCAACCCUCGUUUUCUGAAAUUCAGGACAAGCUCAGGCCAUGGAAGUUAACAAUAUAGACGUGAAGCCAGAAUUACAAAGGAGUUUAAGAACCUCAAGAAGGAGAUAGGAGCCUAUCGGGAUUUACAAUAGCAUCUAAGCAGGUUAGGCGCCUAACUCCCACUGAAUGACCAUGGGGUUUAGCCACCUAGCUCACUUAGGAGCAUUGAUAGUUCCCAGUAGGUGCCUGUCUCUCUCUUUGUAAUCCUGGCCCAUAGAUAACGCAGAAGUUGGGCUGGAAUCAGGGAACCCUGGGGGAGAUCAUGGGCUCUGUGCUAUGUGGGGGUCAGACUAGAGGACCAGAAUGGCCCUUUUUAGUUUCAUCACCUAGGCAUCUAUGCACUUGCCUCUGGGCCUCUGCUGCUGAGCUGUGCAGAGCUCCAGGGAGUGAGUCCCACUAGCCCUUAGGAAAUAGACCUGGAUAAAUCACCUUGCUGCAGCAUCAGUCCUUUAAUGGCAAUGCAGCUCAGAGCCAGCUCCACACAGGUCAUCUGCAGAGAACAACAGGUGUGAAUCCAGUUGUGUCAGUUCAGUCUCAGAUUGAGGGGUGAAGGAUUCUCAGAUACUUGUGCCUUCAGCUUCUAGAUUCUACUAUGCAGAUGGAUAUUGAACGGAGAAUCCUGGUGCUGGAUGACUGCAUGCGUCAUCUUUAGGGGGGAAAUCCACAAAGACCAGUACACCAUCACAUGAUGUUCGGAAGAAGGAAAUGUUCAACCAAACAACAAUGACCGAGUUCCUUCUCUUGGGAUUCUCUGACAUUCAGGAGCUGCAGAUUUUGCACUUUGUUGUGUUCCUGGUGGUUUACCUGGCAGCCCUGGUGGGAAACCUUCUCAUCAUCACAACCAUAGCCCUCGACCUCCACCUUCACACCCCCAUGUUCUUCUUCCUGAUGAAUCUGUCCAUCCUAGACCUCGGCUCCAUCUCUGUCACUAUCCCCAAAUCCAUGGCCAAUUCCCUCAUGAACACCAGGUCAAUUUCUUAUUCUGCAAGCGUCACCCAAGUCUUUCUCUUCUUCUUCUUUGCUUCAGCAGAUUUUGCCAUACUGACCAUCAUGGCAUACGACCGAUACGUGGCGAUCUGCCAACCACUGCACUACGAGAGAGUAAUGAACAGGAGAGCUUGUGUCCAAAUGGCAGCCAGUGCCUGGAUCUGUGGUCUUCUCUACUCUGCCCUGCACACUGGGAAUACGUUUGCAAUUAUCUUCUGUGGAGGGAACAUGGUGGAUCAGUUCUUCUGUGAAAUCCCCCAGCUCCUCAAGCUCGCCUGCUCUGACACAUACCGUAGUGAAGUUGGGGUUAUUGUCUUUAGUGUGUGCUUAGUCUUCAGCUGCUUUGUUUUCAUAAUUGUGUCGUAUGUUCAGAUCUUCAAAACAGUGCUGAGAAUCCCCUCUGAGCAGGGCCGGCAAAAAGCCUUCUCCACCUGCCUCCCUCACCUCGGUGUGAUCUCCUUGUUCCUUUCUACUGCUACCUUUGCCUACCUGAAACCUACCUCCAGCUCAACCUCAGGUCUGAAUCUCAUGGUGGGUGUUCUCUAUUCUGUGUUGCUACCAAUAAUGAAUCCAAUCAUCUAUAGCAGGAGAAACCAGGAGAUCAAAGGUGCCCUGAGUAAAUGGAUAGGUUGGCGGUUACUCACUAAGAAUAAACUGUCCAUAUUUCUCCUUCAGUAGCAAUUUCAUUCUGAGUUUCCUUAUGAAUUCAAUCAGCUGAUGACAUUAUUGCCUCCAGGAGAAAAUACUGUGCAAACCAUUUAUGCAGAAUUGGGUAUUUACACUUGUAAAAGUCCCAACAAACAUGACUCAAGG